AUGGAAGAAGAACAACUCAAUAGAGAAAGAUGUUCGAGAAGACGUAGUGGUUCCAUUGAAGGCCAUGCAGUUAUUUGUCGCGAUCGAGUUCAAGGCCAUGAAAGACUUUAUCGAGACUACUUCUCAGAAACAGUUAUAUAUCCUAUCCAUCUAUUCAGGAGGAGAUUUCCGAUGAAUCGAUCUCUCUUUCUUCAUAUUCUAUCUACGGUGGAAGCAUACGAUCCAUAUUUUGUCCAGAAAACAAAUACUGUUGGAAUCAUUGGUUUGUCUUCCCUUCAAAAAAUGACAGCUACUAUGAGGAUGCUCGCUUAUAGAGUAGUAGCAGAUUUGGUGGAUGAUUAUGUGAGAAUUGGUGAAAGCACCGCCAUAGAGAGUCUAAAACACUUUGUUAAGGCGGUGGUUGCAAUGUUUUCUGAGAGGUACUUGAGGAGCCCUAACAACGAUGAUAUUUCAAGAUUAUUAGCGAUGGGAAGCAAUCGUAGGUUUCCUGGUAUGUUAGGGAGCAUUGACUGUAUGCAUUGGAAGUGGAAAAAUUGUCCUACUACAUGGAAAGGUAUGUAUUCUGGUCACAUCCAUGAAUCAACUAUUAUUUUAGAGGUUGUGGCUUCUCAAGAUUUACGGAUAUGGCAUGCCUUUUUUGGGAUGCCCAAAUCUCAUAAUGACAUCAAUGUAUUAGAUCGUUCUUCUGUAUUUUCACUCCUACUCAAGGUCGUGCUCCUCCAGUCAAUUACUUAA